AUGAGACCAAAAUUACAUAUUUUGUAUAGAAUUUACUCCCACGUGAAUUAUAGGUAGUUAUUAAAUGGCACUCAAGUCAUUUGCAAAAGUUUUGGGGGUUGGUUCAGCUGCCUUAGCCGGAUCUUACAUCUUUGUAAAAAGGGAACAUGAGAAGUGUUCAAUACCCAAAAACACCAAAUACAGUGUUCCAGAAAAAUUAAGUACAAGAAAUGAAAUGCUCAAUAAACUAAAAACUGAAAAGUUUGACGUUUUAAUUAUCGGAGGAGGGUGUACAGGUACUUCAGUUGCUCUGGAUUUGGCAACCAGAGGCUUAAACUGUGCCCUGGUUGAAGCCAACGACUUUGCUUCCGGUACAUCAUCCAAGAGCACAAAACUACUUCAUGGAGGAAUUCGAUACCUAGAAAACGCAAUUUAUAAGUUGGAUUUCAGAGAGCUUAGAUUUGUUUGGAAAGCGCUGGAAGAAAGAGCACACCUCAUAGGCUCUCUUCCAUAUGCUAAUUAUCCCAUCCCAAUUGUUAUGCCAAUUUAUCAAUACUGGCAACUGCCCUAUUUCUGGGUUAAUAUUAAAAUCUAUGAACUGUUGGCUAGAUUCUUCUGUUGCAAUGAAACAAAGAUUCCAAGCUCAUUUUAUAGUGACAAAUCUAACGCCUUGUUUAAUUUUCCAGGAUUGAGAACUAAUGGACUGCUAGGAGCGGUUGUGUACUACGAUGGACAACACAACGACUCUAGAACUAACUUGAUGAUGGCCCUCACAAGCACAGUCAACAACUAUGUUCCAGGCCAGAAGGGUUCAACAGUUUGCAACUACGUUAAAGUUAACAAGAUUCUAAGAGAUCCAGCCACCAAUUCUGUAAACGGAGCUGUAGUUGAAGAUGUUCUGACAGGGGAGGAGUUCACAAUUAACAGUAAGGUUGUUGUCAACUGUACAGGGCCAUUCGCCGGAGAAACCAAGCGGUUGAAUGAUCCAGGAUCUGAUUUAUCAAUUUUACACAGCAGAGGAACCCACUUAACAUUACCAAGAAAAUACUGUCCAACUCCCUAUGGUCUAAUUAUCCCCAAAACAACAGACGGGAGAGUUUUGUUUGUACUCCCAUGGCUUAAUGAGACUAUAAUAGGAACCACAGACAACAAGGAUGACCUAGCCUGUAACCCGAAACCAACAAAAGAAGAUGUGGAGUUCAUAACAAAAGAUGCUUCAAUUUACAUGAAUUGUCCAGAUGAACAACUAAAGUCUGAAAUCAAGUCCCUCUGGUCAGGAUUGAGGCCUUUGAUCAAGGGAGUAGAUGAAGUAAACCAAACUGGAAAACUGUCUAGAGGACAUAUCAUUGAAGUGGAUAAAACAGGUAUGGUUAAUGUGUAUGGAGGAAAGUGGACUAUCUGCCGCCUAAUGGCACAGGACUGCGUUGACGAAUUGCUCAAAUUCUACAAAGAUCUGAAGCAAAGCUAUAAAUGCCGUACAAGAAACUUAGUACUAUUAGGUACACAUGAUAAGGACGGGAAGUUUAACUUUGAUGAAAUCAGACCAAGAUUUAACCUCCUAUCCUACAAAUUGAUUAGAGAUUAUGGAGUUGACCAGGAUACUGCAAACCACCUGGUGGAAAGUUACGGAUACAAAUCAGAGGACGUUUGCAAGGUUGCAAAGGAGAAUAAUCUGUUAACCAAGAUCCAUGAAAACUACCCCUUCUUACUCGGAGAAGUGGUUUAUGGAAUCAGAAAUGAACUGGCAUGUACUCCAGUAGAUGUAUUGGCAAGGAGAACAAGACUGGCAUUUUUAGACGCAAAAGCAGCUCUUCAGAGUUUGGACAAGGUGGUUAGCGUAAUGGAGAAGGAGCUGAACUGGAAUCCAAAGACUAAAAAAACACUAUAUCUUGAGGCGCAAGAUUACUUCCAACAAAUGUCGCACGUCCCAUAAUGUGUAAAUAAUACUAAAUUAUCCAUAAACAAUAAAAUUAAAUGAAAGACAACCUUUGUACACACCAGGGAUAUAAAUUUUAAGGAUAGAAAUCUUAUCCAUUAGACAAUGUAGCUACUGUAAACACGACAGUAAAGUUAAAAACCAGCCAAUACUGAAUGUCAGCAAUAGUUAAUAAUGUAAUCAUAAU